AGUCCCUCACACCGACACAGAUUCCAGCAUUGGUCUCAAGGCAGCCAGUUCGCCCACCUGUCUGUCCUCGGAGUCAUGGAGAAAGCCAGUCUGAUCCAGAAGGCCAAGUUGGCGGAGCAGGCCGAGCGCUAUGAGGACAUGGCAGCCUUCAUGAAGGGGGCCGUGGAAAAGGGCGAGGAACUCUCCUGCGAGGAGCGGAAUCUGCUCUCCGUGGCCUAUAAGAAUGUGGUGGGCGGCCAGAGAGCGGCCUGGAGGGUCCUGUCCAGCAUCGAGCAGAAGAGCAACGAGGAGGGGUCGGAAGAGAAGGGCCCCGAGGUCAAAGAGUACCGGGAGAAGGUAGAGACGGAGCUCCGGGGCGUGUGCGACACUGUGCUGGGCCUGCUGGACUCCCACCUCAUCAAGGAGGCUGGAGAGGCCGGGAGCCGUGUCUUCUACCUGAAGAUGAAGGGCGACUACUACCGCUAUCUGGCCGAGGUGGCCACGGGGGACGACAAGAAGCGCAUCGUCGACUCUGCCGGGUCAGCCUACCAAGAGGCCAUGGACAUCAGCAAGAAGGAGAUGACGCCCACCAAACCCAUCUGCCUGGGCCUGGCCCUGAACUUCUCUGUCUUCCACUACGAGAUAGCCAACAGCCCCGAGGAGGCCAUCUCUCUGGCCAAGACCACCUUCGAUGAGGCCAUGGCCAACCUGCACUCUCUGAAUGAGGACUCCUACAAGGACAGCACUCUCUUUAUGCAGCUGCUGAGAGACAACCUGACGCUGCUGUGGACUGCCGACAGUGCUGGGGAAGAGGGUGGAGAAGCUCCAGAGGAGCCCCAGAGCUGA